AUGAAUGCUUCCUCUGGUUUCUCCUUCAAUUUUGCAGCAUGUGGCAAGCGUCAGAUAACCAACCGUAUUGUGGGCGGGGAGAGUGCACUGGAGGGGGCGUGGCCAUGGCAGGUGGAUGUACAGAUAGAUUUUAAUGGCCAUGUUUGUGGAGGAUCUCUCAUCUCUAACAAAUGGGUCCUGUCAGCUGCCCAUUGUUUCCCAGAGUCGUCGGACAAAUCCAGCUACGUUCUCUACAUGGGCCGCUACCAGCUCAAUGGCAUCAAUAAUAACCUGCAGAGCAGUCGUGUGAAGCGGGUGGUGGUGGCGUCGGGGUACGUCGAUCCUCAGGAGGGGAACGACGUGGCCCUUGUGGAACUGGAGAGCCCGGUGACCUGGACCGACUAUGUCCAGCCCAUUUGUCUUCCCGAUGCUGGACUGGAGUUUACAGGUGGAACUCCGUGUUUUGUCACAGGCUGGGGACACAUAAGAGAAGGAGCUCCACUUGUGGGUGCGGGAACUCUACAGGAAGUGGAAGUGCCCAUCAUUGACCAAGCUGAGUGUCGCAGGAUGUACCAGAUCCCGUCUAACUCGGAGACGGUGGACAUUCUGUCUGACAUGCUUUGUGCUGGAUUCCAAGACGGAGGCAAAGACUCCUGCCAGGGGGAUUCUGGUGGACCCCUGGUUUGUCACACAGGUAACGGAACUUGGGUUCAGGCAGGGAUUGUGAGUUUUGGACUGGGCUGUGCCCAACCGAACCGUCCUGGCAUCUAUGCCAGGGUGUCCAGUUUCUCGGACUUCAUCCAAGCCACAGUACCAGAGGCUCAGCUCUUCGCACAUGCCUAUGGGGUCAAGGCCAGUGGGACCCUGGUGUUGACCUUUACCCUGGCCUCAGUGCUCAUGCUGAGAUAA